UAGCAGCAUGCUGUCUGAACUCAGACCUCAGAAGAAGAAGAAGCUGCAGAAGAGAAAAACAAAAGAAGAGUUCUGCUCCUCCAGGUUUUAGUCCAGCUUUCAACUCCCUCCACCCAUCUCCUCAUCCUAAACCUGAGACAGCAGGUCGUCAUGGAAACAGCGGUUACCAUGGAGGACCAGGCUGAUGUUGCCAUGGUGAACAGGAUGGAUGUCCAGGACCAGACGGCUCCUCCAGACAAAGAGGUGAAGAUCUCCUCCCGUCAGCCCCGCCGCCACGCCCUGGGGAGGCGGAGUCAGAGAGGAAAGAGGCGGGGCCCUGUGGAGAAGAGGCGGGGCCCGAAGCAGAAGAGGCGGGGCCAGGAAGAGGAGAAGGAGGGCGUGACGGUGAAGAGGACAUGGAGCGGAGGGAAGCGGCGCUGGGAUAAGAAGCACUACUGUGUGUUCUGUCGCCGGCCGCAAGUGAAGAUCGCCAGACACCUGCUCAGGAAGCACGCCGAUGAACAGGAAGUGGUCGCUGCCAGCGCCCUGCCCACAGGCUCCAAACAGCGCCACCUGCUGCUGGAACACCUGCGCUGUAGAGGCAACUACCUGCACAACAUCGAGGUGAUCAGACAGGGCAGUGGGGAGAUCGUCCCGUGGCGUCAGCCCUCAGAGGACGUGGAUGCCAGGAACUACCUGCCCUGUCCUCUGUGUCUGGGAUUCUUCCUGAGGGCCGACCUGUGGAAGCACCAGGUGUCCUGUAGGAAGAAGCUGUCCAUCGACCCGUUCAGAGAUCCGUCCACAGAGACAUCCUCUGACCCGGCCACAGGUAUGUCAGAGGACACGCCCCCUGAGCCCUCAGACGUGCCCACCACGGAGCAGACCAGUGGUUCUGAUGGAGGGUCCAAACGUCCCGGGACCUCUGACUCCGGAGAGGACCAGAACCCGUCCUCUGAACCGGCAGCCUCUAGGCCCAGGAAGAGGACCAGAGUCCAGGCAGCAGCGUCCCGCCUCCUCCCCAUCUCUAGUGGAGCUUCAGAGAGCUGCAGUGAGAUCCUGCACCGCAUGAACCAGGACAACGUGUCCCACCAGGCGAAGUCUGAUUGGCUGAUCUGUAAGUACGGUAACAAGCUGAUGGGGAACCAGGACGGUCUCCAGAGGAGAUACGACUACGUGAGCCAGAAGCUGAGGGAACUGGGUCGGCUGCUGCUGGCCGCCAAGUCCCUGGACUCUGAGGUCCAGAAUCUCCAGGACCUUCUGGCCCCGGGCCGCCUCAGCCUGGCGCUGGCGGCCUCCAGGAAGGCGGCCGGGUACCGGUGGAGCCGUCCUCCUCUGGCGGUGAAGACCACGCUGAAGACCGUGUGUGAGAUCGCCAUUGGAGAGAGUCUGCAGGACGGAGACUGGGAGGCAGCGGCCAGGACCACCGAUUUCUACUACAUGCUGGACAGGGAGUGGGACAACCUGGGGCUGCAGAACCCCGGCCCAGACCCAGCUGCUCCAGAGGGAGGAACCAAGCUGAAGAAAUGUCUGGUCCAGACCACCACCCAGAAGGACCUCAGACCAGAAGGUGAGUCCUGACCCGGUCCUGGUCCAACCUUAGACCAGAAGGUGAGUCCUGACCCGGUCCUGGUGGUUCUUCAGGGUUUAGGGAUGGAUCCGUUGAUGUUCUCAGAUCAUUACUCCUGAUGUCUUCAUGGACCAUUUCAGAGAACAGAAGAACAGAGACAGACCUGCAGGAACCAACGGGUAUUGAUCCGGAUCGAUCUAUUGAUUGAUUGAUAGACAGUCAGCAGGGUGUUUCUGCUGUUA